UGGGGGCUCUCCGGCGGCCACGUAGGAAUGAAUCUCAACUUCCUUGGAAUGACGAGGUGUUGAUAAAAAAAAAGUCUAGCUACAGGCACAUCCAACGCACCAUGGAGGAGCUAGAGCAAAAGGAUCUGAUGAUCCAGCAGCUCAAGGACAUCGUCAGAGCCAACGAGCAGAUUCUGCAGCAGAAAGAGAAGGAGCUCCAGGAGACAACUGCCAAGUUCCAGAAGCUGAAGCUCCAAUCCAAGGCCAAGAUAACGCAGCUCACCCAUCAAGUGAAAGCACACGAGUCUUCUCCAGGAACGGAUGCAGGCGGCGAAGCCGGUUCCGGGCCAUCGUCUCCCGCGCAGUCCGAGGCCGCAGACAGGGGCCGGCUGCGGAUGCUCAAACAUCAGCUGGACGAGGCCAAACAGCGUCUCGAGAAGAGCGAGCGAGAUGCCCAGGCCAGACACAGGGCCCUUGAGGCAACGGUGGAGCAGCUCCAGGCACAGCUGCUGCAGAGGGACCAGGCGCUUGCCGAAGCGCGGCCUGCGACUUCCCAGGCAGAAUUGCCCCACCAGGAGGACAGGGAGAAGCUGUACGCCCAGAUGGUGUACAAGGACUCCCGGAUCCUGGAGCUGAGCAGGGAGGCAGAAGCCCUCGAGGCACGGAUCUUGGAUCUCCAGGAGAGCCUCCGGGAAAAGGACCAGGUGCUGCAGGCACGCACCAGGGCAGUGCAGCUGGUGACGGAGGAUCUGAGCCUGCGCAGCAAGACGGCCGUGGACGACCUGGACGACACGCGCGCCGAGAUGCAGCGCCUGCAGCGGGACUUCCUCGAGAGGGAGGUGGCCUGGAGGGAGCGGGAGGCCUCUUUGGCGGCGGACCUCGCGGCCGGACAGGCCAGGGUAAAGGAGUGCGAGGAGGCCGUACGGAGGGUCGAGUCCACGCGCUUCGAGCUGGCCGCCCGCAACGCAGAGCUGCAGGAGCGCCUGGUCGGGGUGCAGGAGGCUGCCGCCAGGGGUAGGGCGGAGCACGACAGGGUGGUGCAAGAGAAGCUCGACUCCCUGAACAAGGAGCUGGAAGCUAAGAGCGCGGCCCUGGAAGAGGCGCAGGGAACCCUUCGGGAGACGGAUGCGAGGAUCCUCAAGGCCAGAGCGCUGGAGCGGCGCCGAGCCAAGGUUCUCGAACGAGAACUCGCAGAACUCAAAAAGGACCUACCUGAUGGGGAGGCAAUGACCGUUCUGCAGCAGCGCAUUGCGGAGUUGGAGGAGGAGAAGGGGGCACUGCAGCUGAGGGCGCUCGAGACUGAGGACACACUCAGCGCUCAGGCCUCCAAACUGGAGGAGAUGGCUCAGAAGGAGGCUGCCAUUGCAGAGCUAGAAAGGCAGCUCAAGGAGGCACAGGAGGAGAAAAUCUCACUUGAGAUGCGGGCCGCAGAGUUGGAAGAGCAGAAAGAGAUUGAAGAACGCAAGAUGCAGUCGCUUCAGCAAGAGCUGGAGGUACUGAAGACGGGCGCUGCACCCCUCCUGGAACAAGAGCUGAAAACCGCGCUGGAAGAAGAGGUCCGCAGGUUGGUCUCGCAGCACGAGGAAGACGUCGGACAUGCAGCUCGGCUUGGGGAGGCCCUCGCCCAAGCCGAGGCUGAAGCCAAGUCAGCAACGGCACGAGCAGACGAACUCGCAGAAACGCUGCAGCGCACGCUUAGCGAGCUGGAAGUCGAGAGAACGGAGGCCACGAAGUUGAAGGGGACGCACGCUGCCGAAGUCAGGACUAAAUCGGAAGAAGUCGAAAGGCUCAAUGACGCCCUGCACAACAUGUCAGAGAGUCUCAACGAGAGCUUGAGGGCAGCAGAAAAACAUUCUCGAGAAGCGCACGACCAGAUUGAAGCCAACAUGGCCAAGAUCGAAGAGUUAGACACGACCCAUCGAGACUCUCUCAUCGAGCUGAAGAGAAAAUCGGAGCAACUUGAGAAGCUUAAGCUUGUGCUUGACGAUGCACAGCAAGCCCUGGAGAGCAAGACGAGGGAUGCAGACAUGCUUUCUGACACCUUGACUGCCUUGAAAGCUAGCCUCGCGGAGGCAGAAAAUAAACAUGCCACUCUGGAGGCGACACUGUCAGCGAGGGAGCGGGAAAUCCAAAGCACACUGGAAUCGCUAGGCGUAUCUACUCUCGGCGAAGUCAACGUAGCCUGGGAGGAGCUUAGGCGAGCGAGCAGCCUAGAGGUAAAAAAGUAUUGUGAGAAAGUGGCCGAACUCGACACUCGAAAUAAAGAACUCACCGGAAAAGUAGAGAGUUUGGAUAACGCUUUAGAAGAAGCUGAAUCCGCUAAGAGUCGUCUGGCAAAGGUCGAUGCCUGUCUUGAGUCGCUUGCGGUCUCUUCUCUUGAAGAAUUGACACACAAGUGGAACACACUUAACGAGGAUCUGGCUACAAUCACCAGAACUCAGAAGCUUAACAAUGAAGACAUUGCUUCCCAGAUUAAACUUCUCACGGUUGAGAGAAGUGGUCUGAGAAUGGAGAUUGCAGCGAAAGAAUCUAAGAUUGCUGAAUUGGCAUCUGAGGUCAUAAGCAUGAAGACGCAGCUUGAGGAACGAGAGCUUGCAUUGACACAAGAAAAGGCAGCACUCACAGAAGCACGCGACGACGUGGGUCGGCUCAAGAAAGCUCUCUCGAAUUCCAAGAAGAAGACAGAAGUGAAGUUCAAGACGUUACUCGAACAAAGCAGUGAUCUCGAAAAAGAGGUGUCUGUUUUGCAGUCACAGCUGGAAGAGAAGUGUCAACUGCUAGAGAGUGUUCAGCAUGCUCUCGAUUCAAAGUGCACUCAAAUGGAAGAAACCACGCGAGACUUUGCAUCAAGGAAAGCAGCCGCUGAGGCUCAGAUUGCUGAGCUGACACAGCAGCUACAGGACAAAGAACAGGAUGUCUCGACGUUGCGGGAGCAGUUGAGCAUGGCUGUUCAGAAAGCGGAUUCAGAGAUUACUUCUCUUCAACAGAGCUUGGGGGCAAGUGCACAGACAUCUUCGAGGUUGCAGGCAGAGUUGAUGGACCUUAGAAGCAGCUUGGAAACAAUGACGGCUGAGAAAGAUUCUGUCGACAAGCAACUGAAGGAAGUCGAGAAUGGACUGCAAAAGGCUCAAGAUGAGCGCAAACAGCUAGAACUCUCGCUGAGUACAGUCGUCGCAGACCUUGAGAAUUCUCAGGCUGCAGUGGUCAAACUGGAAGAUGCAUGCACUUUCCUAAAAGAACAGCUCGGUGUUGCAGAAGCCGAAAAGGCCGAACUGUCAGAGCGGCUGACCAACUCGCUUCGAUGCACAGAGGAUGUCAAGCAAGAGAAGGAGGUGCUGGAAGCAAGGAGCGGCAUGCUGUCAAAGACCAUUAAGGAACUUGAGUGCAAGUUGUGCGAAGCACAGCAAACGGGCCAGCAAAGAGAGAAAGAAAUGGUUGACGAGCUCAGCAGACUACGAGCCGAGAAAGUGGACGCUUGCAAAGAGCUAGAGAGGGCGAACCAGGAGAAACAAGAGCUAUCCCUCAAACUCUCUGAAAUGGAAGACAAACUGGACGGGCUGUUGAAACAGAAUGAGGACUGGAAACAGAAAGAAGAAUUUGUUCUCGGGCAGCUUGAGGAACUGCAGAAACAGUAUGACAACAGCAACGCCGAAUCCAAAAGACAGCUAGAAGAGAUGGCCGAAACAUGCUGCAAUGUAACAGAGGAACACAGCUUGUGUAAGGCCCUGCUUGAUAGGACCACAGAAGAGUUGAAGGAGACGCGCAUUAUCCUUGCUGAGAACCAGAAGGAGAGCGAAGCCACGGCGCAGGCUUGCACGAGCUUCAAAGAGCUCAGUGAGCAGCUGGCAAAAGAGGUCAGCAGUCUGCAUUUGGAGCAGACAAAGAAGCAAGAAGAGCUGAAAAGAGUGAAUUCAGAAAAAGACAGUCUUUCUGAGGCAGUGGCAAAUCUCAAGGAGUUAGUUGCAACGAAGGCAAGCCAGCUAGAUUCCCUUCAAGUUGUUUUGGGGUCAAAAGACGCGGAGCUACAAUCGCUGAGAGACAGCGCAGAAUUGCAGCAGUCAGACAUCGCCAUCAAGUUGUCGGAAAUGUCGAAGGAGCUUGAGUUGAGAACGGGAGAGCUGUCGCUUAUGAAGGUUGCACUUGAAGAGCGCGAUGCACUUGUGGUUAGCUUGAAGGAGGACGUUGCUGCUCGGUCGACAAAACUGCAAGAGUCCAAAGAAAUCAACAGAAACCUGAAUGCACGAGUUGAGAGCCUUGCGGAGAGAUUGACUGAAGCAUCAAAAGCAAUCAAAGUUAAAGAGGCGAAUCUUCAGAAGGCGACAGAAGAUCUGAAAACCUUAAUGGAGAGCAACGAAGAGCUUUCAAGGGAUCUUCAGGUUCUACAAGAGUCAUGCAAAGAGCUGAACGACGUGAAGCAAGAUCUCGAACUGAAGGUGAAUAUUGCCGAUUCCAAGGUUGCCGAAUUGGAGACAACUCUAACCGAACAAGAUCACAUGGUAAACAAACUGAGAUCUGAAUUGGAAGCCACUAAAGCAGAGUUGGUUGCCACUUCCAGUAAACUCGAAGAUGCCGCCGGGAAAGCUGAAGAACACGAACAGAAACUGAAGACAGCGAUAGAGUCAGGGAGCGCUCUGGUAGAAGAGGCUACAAGAUUGCAACAGGAGAAAGAAUCCAUGGCUAGCACACUUGAAAAGCUGAGAAGUCAAUCGGGUACGGCUCAAGAAGAGUUGGACAGAUUGGCCGAGGUGAUUGGCUUACUUAGGGCUGAGCUAGAAGAUAUGAAGAGUCGCUACCAGGACUUGAGAGUGAAGAACGACACUGAAGCAGCCAACCAUGCAGAAGAAAUUUCAGAGAAGAAUAGUCAUCUUCUUGCCCUUGAGGAUGAGGUGAAGAAAUUAAGACACGAGAAUGUGAAAACAAAGGAGCAUCUUGGGCUGGUGUCUGCUGAAAUCGAGAGCCUGGUUGGCGCUCAUGACCAGCAGCUGAAAGAACUGCUGGAUGUCGAGGCCAGCCUCAGGGCCGAGGUGGCAAGCCUCACCGCUGAACUCGGUAAAAAGAAAGCUCUUGUCAAAGAUCUUCAGGAACAGCUUGAAGCAUCCCAUCAGGAAAAUGUAAGGAUGAAAGAACAGUUGGCCAUGUUCUCAACAGAAUCAGAGAACAUGGUUGGCACACGUGACCAGCAGCUGAAGGAACUGCGUGAUGUCGAGGCCAGCCUCAAGGCCGAGGUGGCAAGCUUCACCACUCAGCUCAGUGAAAAGCAAACACUCAUCAAAGAUCUUCAGGGACAGCUGGAAGCAUCCCAUCAGGAAAAUGUAAAGGUGAAAGAACAGCUGGCCAUGUUCUCAGCAGAGAUAGAGAACAUGGUUCAGAACCACGACCAGCAAUUGAGGGAGUUCUCAGAUGCAAACAUGAAGCUAGAGUCAGAGGUCGCCAACUAUAUGACAAAAAUGGCUGACAACGAACAUUCCAUCCAAGACCUGGAGACAAAGCUUGAGUGCCUUCAUCAGGAGAAUGCUUCCAUCAAGAACCAGCUUGUACUGGCCUCGGCUCAUGCCGAGGAGUCUGCCCAAGGACAUGACAAGCAGGUGAAAGAACUCAAAGAGCAGCUGCAAAAGCUGAACGGAGAAGUUGAUCGGCUCCAGAGAUUUGAAGACCUUUACCAGGAGGCAGAGGUUCAGUUGGCAGAGGCUCGAGGAUACCGCAAGGCUGCUGAGGCCAGACUUGAUGCCCUGAAGCAUGCAGCAGACAAUGAGAAGAGGCAUGAAACAGCUGCAGUAAUGGAAGAAGUUCUGGUUCAAAGUGCGGCAAAACUUCAGGGUGCUUCCAAGGACAGCCAGAAGAAAGGUGAAGGUGACGUGCAGAUGUCGCAGAGCGAAGAGCUCUCUAAGGAACUUGAGUUAAAGAAAGCAGAAGUGGAAAAACUGAAGUCUGUACUGUCGAGCCAAGAAGAGGACACUAAAAAGCUUCUGAAAGAGCUCGAGACUGUGAAGAGGUCGUUGGAAACAGCAGAGAUGCAGCUGAAAUCAAGCCCUCAAGAAACACAGAAACUCCAAGGCUCGACAAAAAGUCCUCAGUCGGAAGGAACCCUUGAGACAGGAGAUGAACUUAAAAAACUGAAAGUGGCAUUCAAGAAGUCGAGAGGUGAGCUGAGGCUGAAAUUAAGGAUCUUGGAAGACAAAACUAAAGAACUAGAUGCAGUGAAAGCGCACAACAACUCGCUGCAGACGGACUUACAGCAGAUGGUCGAGGCACUUUCGAGUGAGAAACUGGCGGCCAAGGAAUUGCUCCAUAAAAUGCAAGACCGUGACGAUCAGCUGGCGCUAGCAUCUGAAGAGAUCGCAAAACUGCGGGAGGAAUGCGCUGCGGCAAAGACAGACUUGGCAGUUUCAUUGGAGAGGAUUUCCGAGGAGAGAGCACUCCAGGAGGAUCUGCUGGAGAGGCUCAAAUCUGCUGAGAUUGCUCUCAGUUUUUCACAGACCCAGGUGGAAGAGCUACAAAGUAAAAAAGCAGUGGCAUCUGUAGAAGACAUCGAACUACUCAAAUCCAAGCUUGCGCAAGCUGAGACAGAGCUGGAGAGGCUGUCAGAGGAAAACAAGAGCCUACUGGCAUCUCGCUCCGAAGAGGGACAAGGCCUGCUUUCAGAAUUGGCAUUGGCAAAGGCAGAAAUGCAGCGAAUGUCUUUGGAGCACGAGAGAAAUAUCGAAGCGAGCUUUGGCCGUGAGCAGGCCCUUCAGAGCGAGUGUGAGGCAGCUUCGGCUCUCCUGGGGGAGAUGCAAGCACAGCAAGCUGAAUUUUCUCAAGCCAAGUCUCAGGAGUUCGAAGCAUUGCAAACCCAGCUGGUGUCGCUAAGUGGGGACUUGGCAAAGCAGCUGGAGCUUGUAGAUGCCAAGGUGGAGGAAGCAGACACUUUGAAGGAGAAGUUUGAAGCAUGUCAGCUUGAGCUCGAAAGGUUUUCUGCCGAGUACUGCAUCUUGCAGGAUGUACUUCUUCAAGAAUGUGGCGAGGACUUGCCGGUAGUUGAGAAUGAUUCUGAAAGACGAGAGUUCAGUGCCUUUGAGUACCUCAAGAAGCUACUGGAAAACGCAAAACGCAAGAGAGAGGCCCUGGAAAACCAGCUUGCUGAAAAAGAAGAGCAGUUCAAUCUGCUUCAGCAAAACUAUCAGUCCUUAGAGGACCGGUACCAGCGGCCAUUACAAGAUCUUGGGGCGUUUGUCCGGAGCAUCAUUGAGCACACCAACCAGUCAUCAGAAGCUGCAGUGUCUCUUAAAUCAAGUCAGCUGGAAGACUUGAACUGGCUCCUGGCAGUGCUACAGGAACAGGUCACAUCCUUGAAAGUUAGGAACGAGCUUCUCACUCAAGAAAGUCAGCAGUGGAAGUCAUCUUGUGAAGAUGCGAGUGAAAAAAUUAAAUGUUUGUCUGAUGAAAGUCGCCACUGGCAGCAGAGAUUUGAAGAGUUGGCGGAGACUUUGAAAGAGAAAGAAAAUGUUUUCAAGUGUCACAUUUCGUCGCAGACAGAAUCAGACGAAGGCUUCAUUACCGAGAAGGAACAAGUAGAAGUGCAUGCAGAGAAAAAAGAAUUGCUUAAUCAAGUCUCUCAGUUAAAAGAAGAAAUGGCAAUGCUGAAAACAGAGUCUUUUGGUUCAAAUGACAGCACAAAGGACUUACAAAAAGAACUUUCUGCUACUAAGCUCAAGUUUGAGAAAAUGAUGAUGAAGCUAAAGCUCUUCAGGGAGAAGAACAGUAGACUUGAGGAGCAGCUGAGCUCUCUUCAGAAAGUUAACGGAGACCUUGAACAAAUUCAUCAACAAAAGAAGACUGAGGUAUCUCAUCUUGAAGAAAAGUGUCGUGCCCUCCAGGAAGAAGUUGAAACUUUGUCACGAAAUGACCAUACCGAAACUGUCGUUCAGCAUCUGCAGCAGACCUUCGAAAGAGCGGAGAAGGCAGAAGCAGAGUGCUCAAGAUUGGACGAGAGAGUCAGCAGUCUGCUUGAACACAACGGAAAGCUAGAAAUCGAAGCCAACUUUUUGCGUUCAGAGCUUUCCAGCCUGAAGGAGCAAGCUGAGAUGCUUGUCAGCGACAACGAAAACUUUCAGCAGCUGGCAGAGAACCUGAAGAAGGCACGGCAUUGCCUUGAGGAGGAGCUGAAGACUCAGCACGAACAGCACGUCAAGGCCACCAAGGAGUUGGAGAACGAGCACCGCAGGGUACUGGAUGAAGCAGCCAAGUGUGAGGCAGCACUCUCAGCGCUGAAGACAGACUACUCCCAGCUGCAGGAGAAGUAUAACCAGAUUGUAUACAGGCACAGGGACCUGCAGGAAGAGUUCCAUGUGGCAGCACAAGAGAAGCGCCAUCUGGAGGAAAGGUGCGCACAGCUCACGGAAGAGUGGGCGACUGCCAGACAAGCUCUCGCAGUCUUCGAGGAGCAGCAGGGUGCAGUGGGACAAAAAACUUUGCAGGAGCUGCAAGAGCUGCGGCAAGCAAACCAGCAGUUGCAGGAGCGCUUUCACCUCUUCAAGGACAAGCAUCUCAAGGCUGAAGAACGUCUGGUGCAGGCGCCAAACCAAGAAGUGGGAACCUCGAUGGAACGUGUCACUGAGGGCACUGGGGGUACAGCGAGAAUUUCGGAGGCACCAGCGAACCGGGUUGAGAUAGAGGAACUCUCCCGGCGGUAUGAGUCCCUGGUGGAGCAUUCUCGAGCCAAGGAGAGCAAGUGGAACCAGGAGAAAAAGCAGCUGAAGCACAUCGAGGAGCACCUUAAGGAAGCUGCCGAGACCCUGUCAGCCGAGCUGCAGGUUUUGAAGACCAAGCACGAGGAAGCACUUGAAGCCAAGCUGGAGCUGAGGGGUCAGCUUGAGCAGAUGACCAAGGACAAUCGGGCCCUCAGCCAGCAAGUGCAGAACUGGAGGAGCUACAUCAAGGGCUUCGAGGAGAACAAGGAAGCAGGCAAGGGCCUGGAGGCCCCGGAGGUCGACAGGCUGCGUCUGGAACUGGACCAGACCAUGAGGAACCUUCACCAGCUGGGGCUUAGGAAUGAAGAGAUGUCUGUUGACCUCAGCAAGGUAUUGGAGGAGAGGAACGGCCUUCGGCACCAGCUGUCCCAUGCCCAGGAAGCCCUGCGGCAGAGGGAGGACCAGCUGGUGAGGCUCCAGUCACGGCUGCCAGUCAGCAGGGACAGCCACUUCGUCGUCUUGGAGGAUGACAGCCAACAGGCAGACCUUCACCAGAGGUUGACAGAAAGCGAACGGCUCCGUGUGGAGCUCCAGGAAACUGUGGAGGAGCUCCGGAGCAGUUUGAGGCGGGAGCGGCAGCGACGGACUCUCAUCGAGGACGAAUGGGAUCUCCUCGAAGAAGGCAGGAGGAUCGAGGCAUUGCCGUCCGACACGCGAACGCUCCUGCUCCAUGAAGACAUCAUCAAAAUACCACCCACGGAAUACUCCAUCACUCGACAGUUUAGGUCCCAUGCCCACAAGCUCCGCCAGUGGCUGCUGGGAAGGCAGGAGACCUCGGGCCUGAGUGUUCUACACAUCUAAGCCUUUUUGAAAACAAGGGAGAGGCGGCGUUGCCUGGGGCGGCGUUGGCGGUGCAGUCAGCUGGCCCUGGGUCUCUACCUUCUGCUGGUGCAUCUGUGCCUGCUCUCCUUUCUGCUGUGAGCAGCGCGGCUUGCAGACGAUCGUGCCCAGGCGGGCAUUCGGACGCCCCUCGUCCUACGGUCGGGCGCAUCGCUUUCGAGCAUAGUGUGCAAGAAGGCGUUGGGCGUCAAUGGCCGGGUGACCCGCAGAGCGAAAUCCCCGCGAGUGCAAGCCAACCAUCGCUGUGGACAGUGCCUCGCGCAGCUUGUCCGCAAUACCUCCAGACGCGGACCACCGCUGGCAAGUCUCAUCCGGGCGUGCACUGACCUCUCAAAUCAACGACAGCCAACGUUGACGAUUGAAGCCAUCGGGAUUGAAGCUCUCUCUGUCACCAUCACGGCAAAUGAAUUGAUUUACGAGACGUCGAAAAGCCCGAGGUGGAUGCAAGCAAACUUUCCAGUUUGGCGUCGUAAGUUGGAUGACGUUGCAGGUAUCUUUCUCAUUCCGUGGUGAGGAAGGCUUGCUUUGUGCCUUGUUUUAUAAUGCAAGGUGCUGUUGAGGAUUGCCCGGCGGAGUAGAGGGACCAGUUGGGAAGUUGGUGGGGGAAGAGGAACUGGUGCGGGGAGCUAGUUUUAAAAAUGAUGCGAUAAAGGUGUACAGUGAAGUAACGAAAAUAAAAUUAAUUUAGUUUCGCAAA